CCAGUAGCGCUCCCGCCUCGCACCACCGCUCGUGGCGCUCAGUCCCCGCGUCCGGGACCUGGCCCGAUGGCGCCUCAGCGGAGGGGCGCGCCCAAGGCGCCCGAUGGCAGCGGAAAGGCGGAAAGGCGGCGGCCUAGCAGCACCAAGAAGGACCAGGCCCAGCAGGAGGCCCCGAGGAGGGGGCUGAAGACCACCGUGCUGGGAGCCUGCGCCGCACUCACCGCCCUCCUGCUCUGGAGCCGUAUGGGGGGUGAUGACGGCAUUACCGAGGUCCUGGCCCGCCGCGGCGAGGUCCUGCCGGGCAGGUUCAUUGAGGUGCCCUGCUCCGAGGACUAUGACAGCCACCGGAGGUUUGAAAGCUGCACCCCUAGGAAGUGUGGCCGUGGCAUCUCAGACGUGGUCAUCACCAGGGAGGAGGCGAUGCGAGUCCGCAGCAUAGCCGAGAAGGGCUUGUCCCUGGGAGGAUCAGACGGUGGGGCCUCCAUUCUGGACCUGCACUCGGGGGCCCUCUCUGUGGGGAAGCACUUUGUGAACCUGUACAGGUACUUUGGAGAGAAAAUACAAAAUAUCUUCUCAGAAGAGGACUUCCAGUUAUACCGGGAUGUGCGGCAGAAAGUGCAGCUCACCAUUGCUGAAGCCUUUGGCAUCAGCGCGUCCUCGCUGUACCUGACGAAGCCCACCUUCUUCUCCCGGAUCAACAGCACGGAGGCCCAGACCGCACAUGAUGAGUACUGGCACGCACACGUCGACAAGGUGACCUAUGGGUCCUUUGACUACACCUCACUGCUGUACCUGUCCGACUACCUGGAGGACUUUGGCGGAGGACGAUUUGUGUUCAUGGAGGAGGGAGCCAACAAGACGGUGGAGCCGAGAGCUGGCCGAGUCUCUUUCUUCACCUCGGGGUCCGAGAACCUGCACCGGGUGGAGAAGGUCAGCUGGGGUACACGCUACGCCAUCACCAUCGCCUUCACCUGCAACCCCGACCACAGCAUCACAGACCCCUCCUUCACGUAGCCAGCGGGGCCCAGGGGACGGUGUCGGAGUCUUGUCCACGUGCCCCCAGCUCAAGAAUGAGCCCAUCGAGGGGGCUCCCAGACCACACUGAGAGCCCCCUCCCAUCUCAGCCCAUCCCACUGCACAGAGUGCCUUAUGGAUUAGCCAGAGUUUGAUUUGCUAAUGUUUUCAUUUCUCUCAUCUGUGAGUAAAUUCAA